CAUCACAACAAUGUGCGGCAUCUUCUGUCUGCUGAGUCUGUCGCCCACUCGGUGUGUGUGGGACAAAACGCUUCAUGAACAUUUGAGGAGAAGAGGGCCCGACUUGAGCCAGGAUCUCACAGUCGGAGGCACAGAUCCCUGCUACCAGUGUUUGUUCUCUGCCCACGUUCUCCACUUGAGAGGGCUUCUCACCCCUCAGCCCGUUCGAGACGACACCGGCAAUGUUCUGCUGUGGAAUGGGGAGAUUUUCGGCGGUCUCCCGGUGAUGCCGGAGGAAAAUGACACCGCGGUUCUCUCUGAGCGGCUAUCGUCCUGUGACGGCCCUUUAGAGAUCCUGUCCGUCUUGUCCGCCGUACGGGGACCGUGGGGGUUCGUGUAUUACCAAAAGGCUGGAGACUACCUCUGGUUUGGCAGAGACUUCCUUGGAAGGCGGAGUUUGCUGUGGAAAUUCGACGCCGAGGUCAACACCUUGACUCUGACUUCUGUGGCAGCCCGCCAAUCUGGACGUGGACCUGCUCAAUCUGCCUGGCGGGAAGUCCCAGCAGCUGGUGUGUACAGGAUUGACCUGAAGGCAGUGACACAAGCUGGCUCUGUGACGUUCAAGCUUUAUCCCUGGGCUCGCGGGGGAAGCGGUCUUGUCUCGAGCUGCAGUCCAACUGUAUUGGAGUCCGUGCCCAGCGGCUGCACUGCUGUGAUGAACCAGUCAGGCCUCGCACUCGCCUCGCCCGUGCGCCCUCUCAAUACAUCCACCCCGAAGUCGUUAAAUGAAGAAAUUCAUCCAAACUCACAUUCGCAUGUUGAGCAUCUGGAGCGGCUGCUUGCAAGCCAAGAGAAAAACGACGCAGUGAACCGUCUCAUCGGUGUUCUCAGCGAGGCCGUAAGGCGACGUGUUCAGUCUCUGCCGUUCGAGGCACAAGACAAUUCCCCUUCUUCUAAUGAACUUGCUGGUGUCGCCAUACUCUUUUCGGGAGGGAUCGAUUCUAUGAUCUUGGCUGCCUUAGCUGACCGUCACAUACCCGCCCAUCAACCAAUAGACCUUCUGAACGUAGCGUUUAAACUACAGGUGCCAAAGAAGCAGAAAGAGUCUGCGAAGAAAUCCGGAAAGCACAAAAAUAAGCCUACGGAUUCUCAGGCCGAUGGAGCCGACCCCCAAACAUCCGGCCCCUUUGACGUUCCAGACAGAAUCACUGGGAAAGCUGGCCUCAAGGAAUUGCAAGACUUGAAUCCGGAAAGAAGAUGGAAUUUUGUGGAAAUCAAUGUAACGAAGGAGGAGCUGCAGAAGAUCCGCCAGGAGCGCAUUUGCCACUUGGUGCAUCCGCUGGAUACGGUGCUGGAUGACAGCAUUGGAUGCGCUGUGUGGUUCGCAGCAAGAGGAACCGGGCUCAUCAUGGAGGACGGUGACCAGAGGCCCUUCACCUCAUCAGCAAAGGUCAUUUUGACGGGAAUCGGCGCGGAUGAGCAGCUAGCGGGUUACUCCAGACACAGAGUCCGAUUUACAAUGUCUGGACACGAGGGGCUGAUCCAGGAACUGGAAAUGGAGCUGGACAGGAUCCCUUCCAGGAAUUUGGGCAGAGAUGACCGAGUGAUCGGGGACCAUGGGAAAGAGGCUCGGUUUCCCUACUUGGACGAGGACGUGGUGAGCCACUUGAAUUCUCUGCCCGUGUGGGAGAAGGCCGACCUGUCACUUCCUCGAGGCCUCGGGGAGAAACUCCUCCUGAGACUGACGGCGAAGCAGCUGGGCCUCGGCCAAUCAGCCGUCCUGCCCAAGAGAGCCAUGCAGUUUGGCUCCCGCAUCGCAAAGAUGGAGGCCCACCACGAAAAGGCCUCUGACCAAUGCACAAGACUCCUCACUGAUCUACACCAUGUAAGACCCAACAUCUUGAAGUUUCUCUCUGAAGUAAAGGUCGCAUUCAAUAUAGGACGGCAAGUUUCCAACAUCAAAACGCCCCGAAAUCUGAUGAAUGUAUACUGGCUCUCUGAAAGUGGAAAAAAAAGAAGAAACAAAGUUUAUUGAGAAAUACACUGACAAAUUGAUUUUUAAAGUAUUAGUUUUAGCUGAGUACAUCAUUUUACAUGUAUGGAAAAGCUGAAAAGAAAAAGAGGACCAGCUGGUCGCCACAAAGCAGGAUUACAAAUUGAUUUGGAUUACGUUGCUGAUCCCAGCAGACAUUACCUCGCAAUGAGCCAAGACACAAAGUUCCCUGGGGCAUCUUUCUCCUCAAUAGGAGCCUCCUAUGGACACAGAGUUGAGUAGUCGAAUAAAAAUAAAACAAUUUACUUAAAUCACAUCACACAUUGUACUUUUGAUUAUUAAAUUAUUAAAUGUACCUUCUUUUCCUCCAGAAAGGUGUCCAACAGAGGAAUGCUUUUCUUUGAAAACACAUAGAAACAUGGACACUGAAAAACAAAUGGUAAAGUUAUUAGCUCCAAAGAUAUGCAGUGUAGAUGUAUACUGUACAUGUUGGGUGUCAUAUAAAAAUACCAGUAACCACCAA